AUGACAUUUCGACAUCGUCCAAAUAUUCUUCUUUGUGGAACACCUGGUACAGGAAAAACAACACAUGCACAACGACUUUGUAAACUUCAUUCUCUUAAUCAUUUGUUAGUUGGAGAUAUUGUUCAAAAAAAGAAUUGCCAUGAAGGAAAAGAUGAGUUUUGGGAUGCUUAUAUUGUUGAUGAAAAAAAACUUUUAGAACAAUUAAAACUAGAUAUAAUGUGUGGUGGAGUUGUGAUUGAUUGGCAUACUUGUAGUCUUUUUCCUAUAGAUUGGAUAGAUCUAGUUGUAGUUUUACGUACAAAUCAUACAAUACUUUGGGAUCGUCUAGUUGAAAGAAAAUAUAGUCUUGAGAAAAUACAAGAAAAUAAUCAAGCAGAAAUCAUGGAAGUUGUAUUAGAAGAGGCUAUUACAUCAUUUGGAGUAGAACGAGUGAUAGUGUUAACAAGUGAUACAUUAGAUCAAGUGGAAGAGAAUAUAAAACAAAUUAGCACAUGGAUUCAACAGUGGAAACCACAUAAUUCUCAAAAUAAACAAUGA